GGUACUUUAUACUUGGUUAUACAAUCAAAGAAAUAGAGCAUUGCCGAUUAAAGCACGUAUAAGAAACAGCUCUUUUUUUUCUACCAUAAACUUAAAAUGCAUCGACUCGCCACACGAAAUUCCCGGAUAUUUCCACCAUCCAGGUCCUUCGUCCUCACCCAACGAUCUACGAGUUCUCAAUCUCACUCACAAACUCAAGAGAAAAGCCAACAUACAACCUCAAUAGGCCAGAAAGACGCGACAUCUCCUAAGAGUCAAGGAAACAAAAAGACCAUGGCAGAACUAGACGCUGAAUUGCAGCAAAAGAUGUCGGGGCUUUCCGGCGAUGGUGGAGAGGCCGGAAUAGAAUACGAGGACGGGAAGCCGGUGGCAAUGAAGCGAGGUGUAAAAAAUAAUAUGUUCCGUUAUAUAUGAGUACCUAGGGUGUGUCUACCAGUACCCAAAGACUGCGGUGCUCGAAAUCAUCGGGAUUACAUACUGCAAGAAGAGAUUUACGCAAGGCUUAUCAUGGUAACGAUUAAUAUAAACUGGACGAAGCAAAGUAUAACUAUUAUCAUUCUUCAAACUCCUGAAUAGGAAAACAUCCAUGCUAAUAAUGCAAUAACUAAUAGGGACAACUUUUUUGUUUUCGAUAAAAUCAAACAUCGUCAUUCAUCCCAGCGCACAAAGAAAAGCGAAAUAUGAAUUAAGCAGCAAAUAAUUCACUCAAGACAUCGAAAUAGUUAUUCGCGCAAAAGUAAUUAAAUCCUCGUAAUGAAACAUUCUCACUUUAGUCUCCCCCUUUCUUUCUCCCACUUUACUACUACUUACUAGGUAGUGCUGCUGGGUAGUAAACCCGCACCCCCCUUCGGUCCGAUUGCUUAAUCGUCGAAAAAGACUUCGUUGUAAGCAUUCACCGGCCGCGGGGGGACAUGUGUGCGGGUGUUCAGGGGGAACGGCGGCGGCAGCUCCUCGGCCCAAGCCCAGUCGAGCCUGGGGUCGAGCCCGUCGGCGCGGCACAUCGC